UUCUGUUUUUUUUAUUAUUUAAAAAAGGUUUUUCUUUUAAUCGGGAUUUUGUUUUUGUUCAUAAUCAGACGUAUUAUAUAUGCUGUAUAUGAAAGAUUGAUUAGUUAUGUGGAUGACUUGAUUCAUUCUUCUUUUGGGAGAAGAACAUGGUAUCUGUGGUUUGGAAGGGAAAGGGGAUGGACAAAUCUUAGAAGAAAUGUUCAAUUUGGGUGAUCAGCUUUUUCCCACCAUUAGAUCACUGACCAAGUCUCUUUUAUUUUUCGAAAAGAAAAAUAAUUAAAUGAUUGUGUGGAGAAUAAUUCAAGCAAAACAUCAACCAAAGAGAGAGACCCACUUUUGUUGGGGAUCAAUUACAGUACUGGAGCAUGUGACUCUCUCUCCUUUUGUUUUGCUCUUUUCAUCUCCUUUCACCUUUUCUGAUUUAUUUGCUUUUUAAAAAAGAAAAUUGUGAAAACUCCCAAAGCCUCUCUCUUUGAACGUGUUUGGUCAUUGUAUAACAAAGAUAUAAAGGAUACUUGUUAGCUAGAUGGAUGGAUAUGCCAGUAGAAGAGCUGCUGAUGGGCUUGUUGUACCAGGAAAGGGAUCCGGUAUCAUCUUGAAGGGUUAUGUUAAUAACAGAGAACGAAGUGGUCAAUUUUGCAACCGAAUUGGAUGCAGUGGCAGGCUGAAUUCCGUGAAAGGUACUCCCAGCGGCUGCUCAGAAAAAGCGAAAUCUUUGAGGCCUUCUUACCGCACUUCACCAAACGGCAAGGAAAUAGUUGGAAGUUCCACUAGGGUGUACUCCGCAAUUAUCAACUCCAGAAAAUCCUCUACAAAUCCUCAGAAAAAGCUAUCAUCUCAGCUAGAGACAGAUUCGUCUGAAACUAGUAGUGUUCAGGAUGAGCCAGAAGUAUCAGAGCUCAUAUCCCCACCUGGAAAGAUUCAAAGAGGGUUGCAUCCCAAAUCUGAAGAUGCUGAUUCUAGGGAAGUUAGAGUGAUGGAAGUUGGGAGCUCUAGUGCAGCAUCAAACACAAGACCAAGGAGAAACCUUAUUCAGUGUCCUGGGUUGGGAAACCAGGAUACUCUUGCUGGUCCAUCAGUUACUUUGGCCUCUCGAAGUGCUUUCCAGGCAACUCGUGCUAGCACAAGCAGGUAUGGCUUCAGAAACAUAAGAUGCAACUCAAUUUCUGAUGUUCUUCCUUCGGGUUGUUCUUCUCCUGAUUCAAGCUUCAGCAGAAGGAAAGAUACAGUAAAAAAGAGAACUGCUGGUGGAGAAGGUAGUUCUUCCACCGGGGGAAAGAUGUUGGGUGGAUCAGCUUUGGAGGGACGGAACAACAGGUCUAGUCAUGGAGUUCGUAUUUCUGAUUCAAGGCGAGCCAGAAAUUGGCCCCCUAAUAGUGAUAGUAGUGUUGCUUCUUCAGUUAGGACUCGGAGACCAAGCAUUAGUUAUGUCAGAGGGAGACUCCCAAACCAAGAAAAUGGGAAUAGUUUAACUUUGAACGAGUCCCCUGUAGACAUGCAGCAAGUGCCUCAAGCUGAUGUAACUGUCGAUUUGAGUGCUCCCAUUUCCUCACAAAAUAGCUUGACUUCUGCUAUUUCUUACAGUCGACCUGGGAGAAUAAGUGAGAGUUUACACAAUAUAAUGCCGUCUAUUCCUUCUAACGAUGGCAUCAACCACCCAUCGGUGAACCGGGAUAGCUUCCAGCGAUACAAUAUGGAUGGCAUUGCAGAGGUGUUAUUAACACUUGAGAGGAUUGAACAAGAUGAAGAGUUGACAUAUGAGCAAUUACUUGUUCUAGAGACCAGCUUGUUCCUCAAUGGGCUGAACUUUUACGACCAACAUAGAGACAUGAGAUUGGAUAUAGAUAACAUGUCAUAUGAGGAAUUACUAGCUUUAGAAGAGAGGAUGGGUAACGUGAGCUCUGCAUUAUCUGAAGGAGCAAUGUCGAAAUGCCUUAAAAAAAGCAUCUAUGGGGAAACAUCUUUGGUGGAUGCAGAAGUCAGCUGUGAGGUUGAAAAAUGCAGUAUAUGUCAGGAAGAGUAUUUUGUUGGAGAUGAAGUAGGGAGGUUGCAGUGUGAGCAUAGGUAUCACGUCGGGUGCAUACAGCAGUGGUUGCGGGUGAAGAAUUGGUGCCCCAUUUGCAAAGCAUCAGUAGAAGCCAUGCAGUCCUCUUGUUCGCCUCAUAGCUGAGUUGGAAUUUGAAUCGAAGAAAGCAAAAGGAAACUUGGUUUCCUUUUGUACAAAUCGAUGGCUCUUCUCUUCUUCAGCUAUUUUUAUAUUUAUGGUCACAUGUAAAUAUCAAACCCAAACAAAUAAAGCAGGUGCUCUUAAGUGACUGCAUUGGAACACCCAAUUCAGUGGUAAUAGAAGAAACGUGGAUCAAAAUAUA